AUGAAACCGUUCACUUCGUCACCAUCAUCCUCAAACUCCAACAAGGCCAAGAAGAAACAAACCGCCACAACACAAGAACAAGAACAACAAAAACAAAAUGAAACUUCAUGGGGAGGUAGGUACCUUGGCGUGAGGAGGAGGCCAUGGGGAAGGUAUGCAGCGGAGAUUCGAGACCCCUCCACUAAAGAGAGGCAUUGGCUCGGGACAUUCGACACCGCAGAAGAGGCCGCCUUGGCUUAUGACACGGCGGCCCGCUCCAUGCGCGGGUCGCGUGCCCGAACCAACUUCGUCUACGUAGACACCCCGCCUGGUUCAUCCGUCACUUCCAUUCUUUCCCCGGAGCAACAAGCACAAAUCCAUCACCAACCUCAAGAAUUCACAUAUUUCUCUGACCCGAACCAGUUUACCCAACAACCCGACCCGAAUUCACAAACCUCAAUUGGCGGGUACCCGGGGAUGAUGGGUUCGGUAACUUGGGCUGCACCGGAAGCGGCAUCGUCCGGUGGCUAUAGCUAUAGUCAUGGUUAUGCUAAUCAGAUUGAAGGAUGCAACAACACUGUUGAUGGCUCCCAUUUUCACCAACUGUUUGAUGAUGGUGAAACUCAGCUUCCACCAUUGCCACCGGAUAUUACAAGCUCCAUGGGUUAUGAGAUGGGUCAUGGGUUUUAUGGAGACAAUGCUGGGUAUUCUCAUCAAAGUUCCGAUGUUAGUACAAGCGGGUCGGGUUACCCGUAUUUGGGGUUUGAAUCGGGUGAAUAUGUGCAUAGUCCCCUUUUCAGUGCAAUGCCAUCAGUGUCAGAUAAUGUGGGAAAAGAAACUGAGGAUUUUAAUUUGGGAAGCUCUUCUUAUUUCUUCUGA